CCAGUAUUUUUAUGACUACAUUGUGAAGGAGUCAAGCAGAGGACUUAUUCCGACGACGCGACGACCCCUUCCCUUUUAAUUCCUCAUUACUUUUUUCUCUUAAAAUUUCUGAAUUUCAUUUGAAUUUGAAUUUAGUUUGUAUUUGAGUUUGAAUGGGAACUCCGGAAUUCCCAGAUCUGGGAAAACACUGUGCUGUUUCCGAUUGCAAACUCAUUGAUUUCUUGCCCUUCACUUGCGAUCGCUGCAACCAGGUGUAUUGUUUGGAACACCGAAGUUUUAUCAAACAUCAGUGUACAAAAGCUGACAAGCAAGACGUGACUGUAGUAAUAUGUCCACUUUGCGCCAAAGGAGUUCGCCUAAUACCUGAUCAAGAUCCAAACAUAACAUGGGAGAAUCAUGUUAACACUGAGUGCGACCCAUCAAAUUAUGAGAAAGUUACAAAGAAGAAAAAAUGCCCUGCCGCUGGAUGCAAAGAGAUUUUAGUUUUCUCAAACACAAUUAAGUGCAGGGAUUGCAAUGUAGAACAUUGUUUGAAGCAUAGGUUUGGACCUGAUCACAAAUGUCCAGGGCCUAAAAAAUUGGAAACUACUUUCUCCUUUAUGAAUCUAAUGAAUAAGAACAGAAAACAGGAGUCGAAAACCAAAUCAAGUUCAACGACCUCCUCCUCCUCAUCUAACUGGACUACGAGCUUUCUUAAUGCGGCUUCUAAUAUUCGAGCUUCAGCAGAGGCAGGAAUGUCAAAGUUGAGUGGUGAAAUUAACCAAGCAUGGGGGACAUCUAGCAACGGUGCGGGGAAAAGCAAUGGCAGUGGUCAAGUUGAGCAAUGUCCUCAAUGUGGUGCCAAGUUUUCCUCGGUCACUACUUUAGUCGAUCAUGUACAGAAAUCUCAUGAAAGAAGUGGCAACCGAUCCGGGCCGAAAGUUACGAUUGAUGUGUGUCCUAAGUGUAGUAAAGGAUUCAGAGACCCUGUGGCCCUUGUGGAGCAUGUUGAGAGGGAUCAUGGUGGAACUUCUAGAGCAUAGGUAUUAAGUUGAUAUUGAAUUAAUUUUGAAAUUUGAAGUUGUAGUUUCUGAAAUGGAUAGUUCCUGGAUGAAUUCAUUCAGUGUAUAAACAUUCUUUUCCCCAGUUUUAUCGCAACACAAGAUAUGAAUAUAAAUUUGAAGAUGUUUUUUAUUUCUA